UAUGCUAAAAGUCGUAUAGUAUAGUACUUAUCGAUUAUCGGCCUGGUAAAUGAAUACGAGACAACCGAGAGACACAGCCACAUACCCCAAUCCAGUCUUACUAGUACUUCCGAGUCAACUGCUCUUGGUAGCACUUUCCCCCAGCUGCCCAUCAUACAUGGCCUCCUAUCGCCUGCCAUCAAGGCAUGUCUAGAUUUUGAAAUCUAGCAACAAGGUCCGCUCGCGUCAAUGUAGGCCACUGUUCAAAUCCACGACAUACCAGGAGAAAAGACUGCCUAAUUAGAUGCGGUUAGCUCUUUGUAGAUCGCGCAAAUUAAACAGUUUCAGACCGAUUUGUGGUGAGAAGUCACACCUCCUCUGUCGGCCUGAGAAGAUACAUCCUCGAAAAAAAAAUCAGGUUGUCCAUAAUGCCUCGCAAUCAUCGCACGCUUAGAUUAUUGCAUCUCUUUUGGCAGCCGUUUCUUGUCGCCUGUCCUCUUCGACCGUGCCCGUCGAACCUUUCAUUCCUUGAAAUACCAAUUAACAUGCCGUAUUCCGUUAGGCAGACGACCGCAAGUCGUCUUAUAUCACCCACGGCAUUGAGUUUUAUAUCUGCAUGCAGGUGUAUGCGUUGUCCAACGCUUCCCUGUGAGUAUUCGUGACGGUUGCAAUUUCUUAUCCUUCGAAAAAACCCGACUCUCCACUAUCUGCUCAUGUCUUCAUCCACUGAAUGGGACCUUGAAUCCCUGGCGUCAAGCACGUCCUCGUCUCCAUCUUCCUGCGACGAAGAUGAAGUUAACGCUCGUGUUUCGCCUGACUGGGCGAAAUAUCGCUGUCGCAUCGAACGUAGAGGUUUCCGUCUGGACACUGUCCGCGAUGUAAAAGAUCAUUAUCAGCACCAUUGCGGCAACAUCGAGAAGCAAGAACUGCAUGCGUAUUUGUCCGGCUAUCACCGCGCCCUUGCGAGGAGCGACGAAGAUGCUCUUUGCAAAGAUGCUGGUCUGCGAGACAGCCUGUUCCGAGCCACCCGUUGUC